AUGAAAGCAUCGCUCUAUCAGGUUGCUAUACCUCAUGUACUUUUCUUCCUACAGGCCGCAGCCACGCUACAAGGAGGCCCUCCCACCGUGGUGCGGACGAGCUCAGCAGGCGCAUUAGAGACGCUAGACACAGAAGGCAAUAAGGAACUCGAAGAAUGGCUGGCAGCAAACAUCAGAACUCCCCCUUCCAUGCUCAAACCGUGUCCGCUGCCUUGCAGCGAGGCACCAGAUAGCAUUAAUGGAGGUGGAUGGUUUUUGGUACCCGAUGCUACCAGUUUCGCUCAAUGUAACAAGACAUUGCUGCUGGAUCUCGUCGUCAAAAGUGACGAUCCACCAGCCCUCAGGGCAUGCACGGCUGAUUAUGGCUCCAAUUAUCAACUUUCCAAAAUUCAUAGUCCUGAUGAUGGAAAUGCAGCCCUUUGCUCUACACCUAACCACGAAAUGGUGAAGACUUCUAUCCGCUUGUUGGAAGUCUCGACUCCCACUCAGAACAAUGACACGUUUGCAACUCAACAUCUGGUGUCAGCAAGUCGUCAGGUUAUGCAUUACUUGGCUUCUCAGAAACCUUCUUGUUCGAAAAAUGCCUUAGCAUUCGGCUAUAGCCAAACUUCUGUAGUUGGCGUCUUUGCUGGCGCUGAGCUUCACCAGCAUGGACUGGCCAUCGACGUUAUCAACAGCCUCCUCUCAUAUGCGACGGAAAGGUCCAUUUCCCAGACGACAGUUCUUCAACUGUGUCAGGAACAUGGCCUUGGGGCAGAUUAUUCAUUUGGAUUAGUUGCAACUAACGCAAACAACUUGAAGUUUGCUCAGGAAGCCGUCCGCCGGUGGGCAAGCGGCAAAUGCGUCGGUCCGGACGGUGGGCGAGAUUGGAAGGAAGUUACAAUCCGUGUGCCCUCUAUUGUGAGGCCAACCAAUACGACGGCCUCUUCAAACAUGACUGGUUCACGUCUCAGCUAUAGGUCUUCCUGGCAGGAUCUUGCUCGGGUCCAUUGCAAAACGCUCACCGUCAGGAGCGGAGACGGUUGCUGGGCUUUGGCCAAGAUAUGCGGAGUUAGCCAGUCCGACCUGACCAAAUAUAAUCGCCGUGCAAAUUUCUGCGAUACUUUGGUCGUUGGUGAAAAAGUUUGCUGUACUCGGGGCAUCCUCCCUUCAAGCAUUCCUGAUUCCAAGUCCGACGGCACAUGUGUAACCAAGGAAGUCAAGAGCGGCGAUAGCUGCGGCUCUCUAGCCUCAAAAUGUGGCCUUAGUGCAAGCGACUUUAUGAGGUUGAAUACUAAAGAGGAUCUAUGCUCUACCCUAGCUGAAGGCCAGCAAGUCUGUUGCUCGCGCGGGGAGCUGCAAGACCGGCGUCCAAAACCCGAGUCGGACGGGAUUUGCGCUUCUGUCAAGACGAAUCGAGGCGACAGUUGUGCCAGCAUAGCCGCUUCUCGGGACCUUACGGUUAGGGAUAUUGAAAGUUUCAACGAGGACACCUGGGGCUGGAAUGGUUGCAAAGUGCUCUGGGUUGGCUUCAGACUCUGCGUUAGUGAAGGGAAACCGCCCAUGCCGGAACCGGUAUCUAAUGCCGUCUGCGGUCCAACAGUUCCCGGUACAAAGGCGCCAGCUAAAGGCUUCGACUUGUCGAGGCUUAACCCCUGUCCUCUCAAAGCUUGUUGUAAUGUUUGGGGUCAGUGCGGGCUUUCAGACGACUUUUGCAUUGAAUCCAAAUCUGAGACUGGUGCCCCAGGAACUUCUGGCGUCAGGAACGGAUGCAUUAGCAAUUGCGGAAGAGCUAUUAUUAGAAGUUCGCCCCCUCCGAGUGUUAUCAAAAUUGCGUAUUUUGAAGCGUGGAAUCAUAAACGGUCCUGUUUAUGGAUGGAUAUUGACGAUAUUGAUACCACGAAAUACUCUCAUAUCCACUUCGCCUUCGGUGAAGUGACGAAAGACUUCAGAAUCGAUAUCAGCAAAGUUCAGACCCAGUUUUACAAGCUUAAAGCUAUGGUGGGUGUUAAAAGGAUCAUCUCACUUGGAGGCUGGGACUUCAGCGCCUUGCCGGGGACGUAUAAUAUCCUUCGCGAAGCUGUCCAGCCAAGGAACCGCGACAAAUUUAUCACGAAUAUUGUGGAUUUCCUGAUCCAGCAUGAUCUUGACGGAGUGGACCUUGACUGGGAGUAUCCUGGGGCAACUCCAUCAUCAUAUUGGUAUCUAAAGGCGUUUCCUAUCUCACUCAUGGCCAUGUCACUUGAUUACAUUGUUUUCAUGACAUACGAUCUCCACGGGCAGUGGGAUUAUGGCAACAAGUGGACAUCUCCUGGCUGCCCAACAGGUAAUUGUCUGAGAUCCCACGUUAAUAUGACUGAAACUAAGGAUGCCCUUAUCAUGAUCACUAAGGCUGGCGUUCCAUCUAACAAGGUCGUGGUGGGCGUCGCCAGCUAUGGGCGCUCUUUCAAGAUGGCUGAAGCUGGCUGUUACGGGCCACUUUGCAAAUUUACUGGAACCCCCCGCAUAUCUCACGCUGCCAAGGGCCGUUGUACAGACACGUCCGGAUACAUAGCCAAUGCAGAGAUUGAAGAAAUCCUUGCCAGUGGCAAGGUCACCAAGCAGUGGCGAGAAGCUGGCUCUAAUAUUCUGGUCUACGACGACACUGAGUGGGUGGCGUACAUGGACGACAAACUUAAGGAUAUUCGAACUCAGUUUUAUCUCAUGAAUAACUUUGCUGGAACGACGGACUGGGCUGUUGACCUGCAGAAGUUUUUACCCGGUGACGGUAUUCCUUACGACGAUUUUGAGGAUGAAUAUGAGCCAUACAUUGAUCCUGAUUUUUAUUCGGACUGUAGUGGUAAAUACAGCACGUUGGGCGAUGUUGAAAAACAUCUAACUACGAUGCCCACCCACUGCACAGAGAAAUACAUUGCUCAAGCAGAGUCGGCUAUGAUUAAGGAAGCCUUGACAAAGCACCUCGAGCUUCUGCAAGAUGAUUACGACAGCAAAUUCAAAACCUAUGAACGGUUUGUAAAACAGCAAGUCCCUGUGCAGAUUAAUAACUUUAUGGCGAGCGACAAAGUACAUCAAUACUUUAAAUGCUCAGAGUAUAAGAAGGUUAUCUGUUGCAGUGACUGUACAUAUGCUACCUGUCUCGAGACUUGCGCCAAUUUUGCCGGCUGCAAGAGCGGAUAUCAAACGCUAGAUAUUAAAUGUCCACAGCAGAAGGAUGAGCUCGAUAUGAUUUCUAUGGAAACCACUCCUAACGCCACGUUCCACCUUAAGGACGAGGAGGGGUUUUGGAAAGAAAUCGGGAGCCAAUAUGGUAUCGAAGAGGCUUGGGUAGCAUUUGGAAGAAGACAUAUGAGGACAGCUAACGGCUGCCAGUACGCUGGCAAAGCCAUUCAUGAAUGCCAAAACCAGAAUGACCGUUGGUGGUACAACUACCCGAUCGCCGCUGACGACAAGAUCAAGGUAUACAACCCAAAGAAGAUUUUCGGUGACUCCACAGACACCAUUGCAAGCCUGGCCGAGAAUUUGGACAUUAUCAAGGACCUGAAUAUCUACGACACCUUGAUGCCGUGGUCAGACGUGGUGGACGCGGCGUCGCUGCCAGCACUUACCCUGCAGGCAGCAGUCGAUAAUAUGAAAAGCAUUAUUGACAAGGCUGAGGAAAUUGAGAAGAAGCAGAAAGAAGAGUUCAUUCUGAACAUGGUGAUGGGAAUAUUAUUCUUUAUCCCCGUCGUUGGGGAGGCGGCCGGCUCGGCUGGUUUGACAGCCGCUCGAUCUAUGCUACGCCUAAUAGGUGCGGCAGGGGAUGCGGGCAUGACUGUAUACGAUAUCGUCAAGGACCCUAGCAAUGCAUUCAUGGCGGCUUUUGCAUAUGUUCUCGGUGCUGGCGUGGGACGAUCUGGGUUUCGGGACGCCGCAAAUUCUAGGCGAGCAGUGCGGCCUAGAGAACUUGCUGCAGUCGGCUCAUUGAAAACUGAUCUCCAGAGAAUUCAAGUAUCCCGUAAGAACAUCUGCUAUCUCUAG